AUGACGAAAAUUAAAUAUGAACUUGUUCCAUGUGAGGAGCAAGAACCAAACGAAAUAAAAAAACCUUUAAAUUGUAUAGUGAAAAUAUUAUUUGUUGUCUUGUCGCUUUUUACCCUGGUCAUUUAUACCUUGAGCGGCGCAAAUAAUUCGCUGAAGAGCAAUGCAGAUCCAUUUUCCCCUUGGAAAUCCAUGAGACUCCCUCUGGGUUGGACCAAUAAUCCUGGAGAUCUGUCGAGUCCUUUGGAUGCUAAGCAUACAACUCGUAGUCUGAGUACGGCGAAACAGACAGAGUCUACCGAAGCAACCUAUAGUAAAGUAACAGAUACUGAGAGCACCACCGAGGAUCAAGCCGAGAUAACUUUAUAUGCACUGGAAGAAAAUGGAAAGAAAUACUUCGUCAAUAGCCCGCAGUGCCAAAUGAGCCACCCAAAUCCCUUCGCCAGCAACAUCCAGCACAUCUACAACAAACAUUCCUAUAUAGUGUGUGAUAAAAGUCGCGAUAUGAUCACAGUGAACUACAAUGUAACGGACAGCACGUACAGGCUGCACAAGAACGAAAACUCCAGCUGCUGCUUCAAGCAGAUCCUUCGAGCAGGAACUUCAGCCAAUGCGGAUCAUAAGUACAAGCUGGGUCCUUGCGUUGAAUUUCAGCAGGACUUCUUGGUGCCAACAGAAGUGAGCGCCAUGAUCACCUACUGCCGUCGGCCUCCAUUCGAUAAGGUGUCGCAAAAGGAUGCCUUCAGUUUUGUGCAUCCGCGGAAGGAUCAGAUCAAAAAUCCCACAACGCUGCAUAGAAGGCCCAGCGUUUUGCUGUGGGGCAUUGAUUCCAUUUCCCGAAUGAAUCUUGAGCUUACGAUGCCCCGGAUGUUCGAGUACUUGAACAAUCAACAUUGGUUCGAGCUUCAGGGAUAUAAUAAGAUGGGCGACAAUACGUUUCCGAAUCUGAUGGCGGUUCUCACGGGAUUUAACAAGACCUACGCGAACGCACGUUGCCAUCCUGAAAAGGUGCGUGGCCUGGAUGCCUGUCCGUUUAUUUGGAAGGACUUCAAGGACAAGGGAUACACAACGGCCUUCGCCGAGGACUGGAGCAAGUUCUCCACGUUUGACUACUCUAGCAGGGGAUUCUUCAAUCCUCCGACGGACGUGUACGGCAGACCACUGGUCCUGGCCGUGGAGAAGGAGCUAAAGACGUUUCAGCGGGGUCAGAUGCCCUACUGCUUGGGCCGCAAGCCGGCAAGCCGGACGUUGGACAAGAACGGCAUAAUGGAUAACACCAUCAUCAUCUUCUUCAGCGAUCAUGGAACCAGGUUUGGACCAUUGAGGAAUUUGGACAGCGGUUUCGUGGAAGAACGCUUGCCCUUCAUAUAUAUCCGUGUGCCGCGUUGGAUUCGUGAGAAGUACCCGAAGCAGCUGCGCAACCUACAGAUGAACAAGAAUCGCCUUACGUCGCCAUACGAUAUCCAUGCUACCCUGAGGCACAUCCUGGAGCUGGACACUCCCAAGGAUAAGCUACCUCGUCCCGAUGGCUGCUCCAGUUGUCACAGCGUUUUCGAGGAGGUGGACUGGUCGAGGAAUUGCUCACAGGCCGGGAUCGAGGAGCACUGGUGUGCGUGCAACAGCUUCUCCGAUGUGCCCACAACGGAUCCCAGCGCCAGGAGCAUGUCCACCCAGCUGGUGGAGGCCAUCAACAAGUAUGUGGCCAGCAAAAAAGGAACGGAACGAUGCAGCCGCUUGAAGCUAAACCGAAUAUCCUCAGUCCAGAGAAGAGGAAGCUCCAAUCGGUAUCUCAUCCAACUGAAGGCCCAGCCGGGUGAUGCCCUAUUCGAGGCCACCGUGGAUUGGGAUGCCAGCGCCCAAAGGAUUCCCGCUCAGAUGCCCAGCAUCAGUCGGUUGGACACGUACGCCGCAAAGUCAAGAUGCUCGUCGGUUAAGGAGACCAAGAAGUACUGCAUCUGCUGAGUUCCAACUGCAAACUCUGGACAACCGCAAGACCGCACAAAAAAGGACUCGCUACUGCAAUCUUUCGGAUCUCGGAGCCUUUGUUCUCCGGAGCAAUGGAAUCUUAUCACUGGGGUGGAUCUGUGGCCGGAUGGUUAGUUGCUGGCAACUACUACUUUUGGCAAACGUAAUUGCAGCUCGGCAAAUUGUGCGAAUGGAAAAUUAGUUGACAAUUACAUGACAAUUGGCAGAUACUCGGGUAUUUGUCGAGUGAUUAGAAAAAGAUACUGGCUCUAAUUAACCCAAAUCUUUGUAAAUAUUUUUUAAGCCAGUUGUAACAGCCGCUUAAGCAAUAUAAGUUCUAUCUACAACCCAAA